UGUUUUUAUUUGGCGGCAGCGUGCCUUCUUUGUGUGUGUUUGUGAAAAAUGAAAAUGGACGGCCGAUAGUUUCCCGUUUGGCACGUGAAUAGUUAUUUUUAUUUAUUCGUAGUGAUAAAGUGCUCACCGUCAAACUGGGUGCCAAAACGGUCGAAAGGUUCCUGAGCCUCGCCGACGAUUACUUCGUCGAAGAUGUUCUCGACGACCUAAGAUGUUUCGUAGCCGCUGGAAAAGUUGACAGCGUACUGGUAUUCCCACCGGUGAGCAACUACCGUAGGUUCCUCAUCCACCGCAGCGUCGAGGAGUUGGGCAGGCCGGAGCUGGCCACAUUCUCAAUUGGCAUCAGCGACGAGCGACGCACCGUGGUCUGCUACAGAGAGAAGAUAUUGAGUGAUGAAGCUUGCGCAAAACCACCAGCCAUGGGACUGACUCACACCGAGGAUACCACCAUAUCCCACAAUGACGCGGUGGGAGGUUGCAAGCAGGCCGGCCAGAGGCGCACCAUCGCGUCGCAGGAAAAAAUCAGAACUGGCUCAACGAAACCUCGCCGCCCUGACCGCGCGGUGUACGUCCCCCGAGCACUCCGGCACACCGACACCACUCCGCCCGAGGAGACGCAACUCAAAUCACCCGACGCUAAUAAACGAACCGCCCCCGCCGAGCCCCCCAAGUGCCCCAAAUCACCCGCGCCGAAAGACCGCUCCGCACACGGAACACCCAGGAAAUCUCUUGACAAAAACUUCUGCAACGUAUACGUACCACCGCAUCUCAGAAAUCAAAGAUCUCACACGGCGCCCAGUAUAGGUGCUCAGUCCACAUCGAGCGAUACAAACGAAUCUGUGCCUUCAGGCUUCCAAGUGCCAAAUAGUGAUAGUGCAAUAUCUUAUAGUGAUAAUAGUUUUACCGACGACGUAGAAGUAGGUGAAAAUUUUUAUAUAGGUGAUUAUUUUGCUAACGGACAGCUCGGCUUCUACAGCCCGAAUUAUUAUAGUGAAUACGCCGACACCAGCCGUAACACUGAAGCAGGCGACUGGACCAAUGAGUCCGACGAGAACAUGGCUGUGAACGAGGCGAAUCAAAGCAAUAUUAUCGAUAACGAUUAUUUAUAUAGCAAGGAUGAGGACGUGGAAAAGAUAGAGUUGAAGCGGGCGUCGCAGGAGAUUAAUAGGAGCAGUAAAAGGAUAAUCAAACAGAGUUUCCACUCGGACGUUCUGGUUAUAUCGGAUCCGGUGGAGGACGUUAAAGAUGAGCCAGCGCCCGUGCCCGUGUCUCCACCACCUACAGAGGAAAAAGAACCCGAGCCGAAGAAGCUAAAGCCGAAAUUGGAACAGAAAGUGUCUUUGAAACGGGAAGAGAAUGAUUGGGACGCGGUGUUUGACGACAGCGGGGAGUGUUUGGAUCCAUCUUUACUGGAAGAGCUGACGUCGACUGUGGGGAAAGUGCACAUAAGUAAAGCGAAGAAUAACUACGAACAAUAUCAGACGCGGGGCCAGGCGUUGUUCAACGGACCUUAUGACGAGACGUUCGGCCACGUGGUCGAGGUGUAUGACUUCCCCAGUGAGUUCAAGACGAACGAUCUGUUCUCGUUGUUCAGCGAGUACAAGGAGACGGGUUUCGAGAUCAAGUGGGUGGACGACACGCACGCUCUCAUCGUGUUCAGCAGCGCAAAGAUUGCGGCGGAAGUUUUAUCUACUCAGCGCACACUCGCGAAAUGUAGGCCGCUCCACGCCGCCACUCUCGAAUCCAGGAACAAAGCGAAGAAGUGCGCCGAGUUCCUGCAGCCCUACAGACAGCGGCCGGAGACGUGCACGGCGCUGGCGCGGCGCCUGGUGUCGGGCGCGCUGGGCGUGCGCCUCACCACCGCGCGCCAGGAGCGCGCCGAGGAGCGCCGCCUCAUCACGCGCGCACGAGAGAAAAAGCGUCAGGCCGCGCUACACAAGGAGGCGGCCUGGGAUGGAUCUCUAGCCAACCACUCCGUCACAGAUACGUGAGAGCGGGUGUUACUGUGCUGCGGCCGGCGGCCGGCGCGUCCGUAAUGUUAUAUUGACGAGCUCUCAAAUAGUGAAAUGAUAUUCAUUUACAUGAUGUUGCGUAGUUGUAGUGUAGAGAGUAUUUUUGUAAAACGCGAUCGCCACGCGCAAGGGGUUGCCGGUCCUGGGUUCAACGCCGAUCUUGCACCGGACGGGAAGUAGUGUUUGAUAUGUCAGGUUACAAAGGUACUGAAGAUUUUUAAUCCAAAAAUUCAAUAACUAUUAUUUGGUAUGUGUUUUUUUAUUUGUGAGUUACUUAUUUAAUUUCGUACCGAGAUGUAUUGGUCUUUUUUAUCUAAUACAGCAACUCUUCCCAUCCGUGUGUGAGCCUAACUUUUAAGAUUUAGUUAUAAUUACCGGCUCGUAUAGCCUUAUUUUUCUCUUGUGAUUUAACGCGAGCUUCCUAGUUAACUUUAAUUAGCGUAAUGCCUUUAUUUUGUGUAUUUUGCACUAUAUGCAUGUGAUUUAAAAUAAUAGAGACAAAAUAAAAAAAAAAUGCGACUAGGUCCCCUGUCCAUUACUGGUUAAGGGACUGAAAUGCUCCAAAUACGCUUUUAUGUAUUAUUUUAAUAUUUUAUGUAUGUUUUGGUAUUAAAUUUCAUAGUAUUGUAUGAACCAAAUAUUAGUAUGUAUAUAUAUGUAGUAUCGAGUAUAUUAGAUUAUAUGUAUUGUUGGUAUUGUUAGAUGUGAAAUUAAGACGGAAUUUGGUAUUUAACUACUUCUGAUUAUGCAUCAAUCAAUGUCUUUUGUUGGAAAUAUUCUGUGAGACAUUUUUAAAUAUAUCGAAGUACGAGCAUAAAUUCAUUCAUUUUAUGUUUGAAAUAAUUAUAAAAUUCGGGACCAAAAUAGAUCAAAAUGAAAUUAUAUUUUACAUACAAUUUAGGAGUUGUAUCUCCGUCCAAUUAAUUGUGGGAACAAUAUUGUUUUCAUUUUUACAUAUACUGUUGCCAUAUAAAUUUAAACAUUACACAGUGAAACAUUAUAAAAUAGCUAAAUUGAUUGGUAUAUUGGCGGCUCCGUUUGCGUGAAAUAUUUUGUCGAAAAAAAUCGAACCAAAUAGUCUAUGGUAGUUGAACGCAGCUGAAAGAUUCUUUUAAACUAAUUAACGGGUUCUAAUUGCACUCCAUAAAAUGUUUUUUUAUACUACUAUAGUUAUUCAAUACUCCUCCAAUCGUUGGUAAUUUCACAUCUAACGAACUAAAAUUGAUUUAGUAACAAAACACUUUUGUUGUGAAUUUUUGUGCCUUGACGUCUAGUCUGAUACGCGACAGGAUCGUAAACCUCUUGGCGUCGUAACCAAUAGAUUAUUAUAGAGGCGAAAACUUUUUAAAUAUAAAUUUAACUCUUAUUUAUAAACGCUUAAAGCAGCAUUUUCUAUAAUGUCCUCCUAAUUUCUUCAUUUUUUAAAUAAAACAAUAUUUUUACACUGAUUAAAUGGCUUAAAAUUAAUUUUGGAAAAGCCCUAUGUGUGGUUUUUCAUGAUUUUUGCAUGCAAUAAAUAGGAGUGACAUAACAUUCGAUUAAUAAAUUGCUGUUUGUAAGCGCUUAUGAAAAAGAGGAUUAUUAUAAUACAUUAUAAAAGGUGCGUUGUGUUUAGGGUUGCCAGAAUGUUUUUGUUUGGAUUCUCUGAUACCUGGUUUUAAGUAAAGUGUCCAAUCAAUAUCGAUAUUUUAUGAACAUCGAUUUCUAAAAAUAUAUAUAUUUGUAAUCAAUCGAUCUCAUAUCGAUAUGUUUGAUGAAUAAUAUUCUAGCUCAUAGCUGGCUCUAUACUUUGACCAGGCUCUAUGUAAUAUUUUUCAAACUAUUACUCGAGAUUAUGAAUACAAUAAGGUAUUUAUUUUCCUAUCUGGCAACCCUAGUGGAGUUACCUGCGCAGCUGAGUGAACGAUAGCAUUGACCUAUUGUGGAAUGCAUGUCGUUGGUUCGUUAAUGUCAAUUGAAUCGAAAUCUUUUUAUUGUCACCAUCCUGGAUCCAGUGAUGGACACAUGGAUAAUUUUAUGUAGCAUUUUAUUUGAAAAAUGCAUUUUUUUUUUUCUCGAAAUUGUGACAUGUAUAAGAGUUUGAAUUUAUGUACAUUUUUCGUAAAAAAAUAAAUUGUUCUUUUGAUUUGGUUUUUGAUCCAGAUCGGUCCAUUUUAAACUUAUCGAUAACAUUUUUAAUCGAUUAGUAAUUAAUCGCUUUUAAUGUCACAAAUGUGUUUGCAUAAAUUUUCACCUGUUACCACAAAAAUAAUGUUUAGCCAAAGAUCUGAUGACAAGAUACGGAUAUGUAUAAAACUUAUAAAAAAUGGUUAUCAAUUCACUUAUUACACAAACUGAGUGGACUCACUCAACGUAUCGUUUGGAUUUCAACGUAAAUACGUCGUUAUGUAUCGUACAGUGCAAUAAUGUAUGCCGGUUUUAUCUCAAAUUGUACCGUCCACAUGCGUAAUAGACAACAAUAAAAUAUACAAAACAGUUUUUUUUUUUUCAAUUUUGUUAUCCGACUUUGCUUUCAUGGUCCGUUAAAUUAGUAUAAUUUAGUCAUAAUUAAGUAGAUUGAACGAAUGAUGGAGCAGAUUAGUCCUGUAUUUUAUUAACUUUUUAUCCUGACUGAAGAAUAUUUUAACUUCUUUUUACUUUUUUUAUGGAAUAUCUUUGUAACCAAUUUCGACUAUAUCAGAGUAUAAAUAUUUCAAAAUUAUUUGAUUAAUUUUUCUAAACACCAGCAUUUGAAAAGAAUAAGAUGAUUCGAACGAUUUUUCAAAAUACCCGCAUGGAAAAAACGGUUCUUAUGAUUUGAUUUGAUUAAUUCGAAGUUGGCUUUAAAGAUGUCUUCAUUAUAAUUUUGAAGUCAUAAUAAUUUACUUUCGAUUUUAGUCUAUAAGUCACAUAAAUCAUUAAUAUAUACCAAACAGCACAGGAUUUUUAACUUACCUUAUUUAAAUCUGACGGGAGUUGUUAAUUAUUGACCCAACUCGCACAUAUUUUCUUUAAAUAAUCAGACAUAAAUUGCUCAUAUAGUAUGGAGCCAGAAUUAAAUUGAAUUUCUAUUAUAGAAAUAUGGUGCUAAAAGCAUCAAACAGUUGUGAAAGUGAAAUGAGAUUUUCCUCUUUACUUGGUGUUAGUUACAAAUGAUAGAAUCGAUUCUUAGCCGUCGAUGCUCAAUGUCGAGUGCUGGACCGUGAUAAUAAUGCCCCGAGUAACUAUGAAUUCUUUUAGAUUAAAGAUACAACUCUGUUUUUAAUAUCCGACCCAAAUUCCAAAUAUUGAUACGUAUUCAGUAUCGAUAAGUGGAGUAUCGAUAGUCGGUAUCGAUACUAUAGUAUAUUCUACUACAUCGGUUCGUUAGUUGUAUUCCUUCAAUCAUGCACAGAUGUUAAUUUCAGUAUUGCUGUGGGUAUUCGACCAAGUUUCUCAGUGUCGAUAUUGCGGACCCUAGCCUAAGAUAUCGAGUUUAUUGAUGUUGGCUAGUCAUUAAGGUAACCAGAUAAAUAAAAAAGAACCGUUUAGCCAAUACUCUUAAUUCUUUCUUUUUAUUUUGGACAUAGAAUUGGUUUAUUACAGUUCGGUUACAUAUGUCGACAUACAAGAAUUAAAAAAAAUAUUCAUAAGACUUCUUAAUUUCUGUCAAAAAUAAUUAUUUUUCUGAUAGUGUUGACUAGUAUUACUGACAAUGGCCGAGGCUUUUUCUGUACAAAAUAAAGUCUAAAAAUAUAUUAUUUUUGUAUAAAUGUCAAAAGUUUUAAUUUAUAUACGAAUAAACUUAUUGUCUCUGUG